AUGACUAUAACCCAUGGAGCGCGGACUUGGAACCAGGGCCUUGCUGGGUGCAGGGCGAAGCUAACCCUGCGGUUCUUCCCAGACUACGAGGACACCAAGGUCCGAAUGUUCGGCUUCACCGCUGCGAUCGGCGGUUUGGGCACCGCCUAUGCCUUCGCCAUGUACGGCGCCAGCAUGGCCUUCAGCUUCGGCUUGGGCUCCAUUGGAGGCCUUUUGUACCUCUCCGGCCUGGCCUCCUACACCGACAAUGCGGAGAACGCCAUGGGCGCUUUGGGAGCUCGGCGACUGCUGGCCCCGCGCUUGGAGAAGUCGAGGCUGCUGCGUGCCGGGCUCCACAGCAGCCAGUGGGCCAAUGAUCGCCUGCAGCGCGCGGCGGAGGCGGUGCAGCGCCUGAGCCCAGACAUCGCCUGCCUGCAGGAGUUCGACGAGCGCGCGGAGGAAGCCUUCGAGCGCAGCUUGGGGGACGCUUACCACCGGGCUGUGGUGUUGCGGAACGAGGAGCUGCCGCCGAAGGACGGCUGCGCCAUCUUCGUGCGGGCGGGUUUGAGCGCCACUGGGUACUCCUUCCGCUUGCGGGACGUCGCUGAGAGGCACUUCCCUGCCGCGCUGGAGAAGCGCAGCGGCGGCGGCCUCGCGGCGGCCCUUUGGCGUGAGCUCCACGAAAAGCUGAGCCUCGCAGUGGCUGUAGACGUGGAGAGCGACCAAAGGAAGUUCUGCGUGGCCACCAGCCACCUCUACUGGGACCCCCGCUAUCCAGACUUGAAGCUCUUGCAGGCGUAUCUGCUGGCUGCCGAGCUGCGGCAGCGCACCGCGCGGGAUGCGGCGCUGGUGUUGGCAGGGGACUUGAACAGCACGCCCUUGUGCGACGGCCGCUCGGAGGGCGAGGGCCUGCGCUCGGGGGUCUACGAGCUGCUGACCCGAGGCUCGGUGGAUGUGCAGCACCCGCACCACCCGGCGGCGUUGCGGCGGGGCAAGGGCAUCCUGCGGGGCAUCGCGCCGGAGGACGUGCCGGACUUCCAAGUCCCUAGCUUUCGCAGCGCCGCGCUAGACGCCUUUGGCCAAGAGGCCGUCACCAACAUGUCCGCGGACUUCCAGGGGUGCUUGGACUACGUCCUCUACCGAGGGCCACUGCGGCUGCUGCGGGCUGAGCUGCCCAGCGCAGUUGGACCGCUGCCCUCCGAGGAGCAAGCGUCCGACCACCUGCCGCUGCUGGCAGAGUUCGAGCUCACGUAA